AUGUACGCCUUCACGAAGUUGGUCUCUGCUCUCUCUCUCGUGGCUGUUGCCAACGCCUUCUUCACCCCCGAGGCGAGGCACAACACUCCAGCCACCCGCCCCACUGGCGGAUCGAUCUGCUCGACGAAGCAGUUUAUUCUCGCUAACGAGCUGCCCGCCGACAUCAACGACCACGGCGGCGAGCCCCUCCCGAAGCCGAACAGCACGUACCCAGUGUACACCACCCUCUCCGUCGGCAUGCAGAACUAUACCUGCGGAGCUGAUAGCACCUGGGGUCCUCUCGGCGGAUACACCUUCCUGUUCGACAUCUCGUGCUUGCCGCAGGCGCACCACGCCAAGUUCACGUCGUUCGUUGCCGCCCUCUGGGACGCUGCGCCGCCUACCGUGGCCAACGAGCAGAUAAUCGACCUCUUCGAGCAAGUCAACCCAGGCACCGCGCUCGGCCUGCACUACUGGAUCCCCGACCCGAACAACGCGACGAGCGGCAAGAUCAACGCGGUCUGGGACUUCACCAAGUCCGAGCGCUACGUCAACGACACGAACAGGGCGAACGCGUUCCUCGUCGCGGCCGAGACAGGCAUUGUUCCUGACCCGAAUGACUCCGUGGCUAACUCGCCGUGGUUGUACGAGCCCAUCCUGUACGUCGAUGGCAAGAAGGACGGCCAGCUCGCGGACGAGGUUUACCGCUUCAACUCGAACGGUGGCGCUCCGCCUAACAACACGUGCCCUCCGGGCUCUGUGCUCCAGGUCAAGUCCACCUUGAACUUCUGGCUCUUCGGUGGUGCUUGGGAGAAUACCAUUUUCUAG